AAGCUGCUAAAUCUCACGAACUGAAGCUGAAAACGCAAACAACGAUGAUGUCGGAGGCUUGGGAACGAUUGCUGAGGAAACAGGACAGAUCAUUCGACGAGGCUCUCGGCAGACGAGUGUUGGAUCAGUCGCGCUACGAGAAACAAAUAUUGAGGAAGCUGUGUGAGGUGCGAGACUUGAGAAACAGAAUCGUGGAGAAUCGUAGGAUUGUUGAUGCGAUGUUGUUGAAGACUAGAGAGAGCGAACAACGACUGAAGGAGGAUCGUCAUCAAGAAACGAUAAAGGAAGAGAGAGAGGACGUGGAAAUGGAGGCCUGCAGAAUGCGCGAGCUUCGUCGGAGAAUUCGCGAGGAAAAAGUGCGCAGGAUAAUGGAGAAACAUCAAGGCAUCUGUUCGGAGAUCGUGAAUGAUUUUGUGGACAUCGCAGUGAAAAUUGCUGAUUAUCGUCAGACGAACGGAAAUCAUAUUCCUAAUUCCGCUUGGAACGAAUGGAGAAUGUCGUUUCUAAAGAACCAACCGAUAUUUGAACGUAUGGAUCACCUUAAUGGUUUUAAAGAAGAAGAAUUUGGAGAAAAAAAUUCAAAGGAAGAAAAGGUAAAGGUAAAUGAAGAUGAUAAGGUGACAAUGGGGAAUGAUGCAAGAAGAAAUAGCGAAGAAAAAGUAAGAAAUGAAGAAGUGGGGGUAAAGAUUGGAAAAGAAUUACAAGCUGAAGAAAAGCAGAGACUAGUUCAACUGGAGAAGGACCGUCAACGAUCUCUGGCUGAUGCAGACUUUGAGAGUUAUCGGGAUCUAGCUUCGCCCUGGGGUCAAUUCGUGCCAAAAAGAGAAGAGGAAGCUGAGGAAAUUUGCAGAUUGGGCCACGUUGUGCUUGGUUACAUCGUUCAUCGCUUGUUGGAGAUCUUGUAUCCUUAUCCGGCCGAGGUUGUGGGUUGUUCAGUGCCUAGAGUCAAGGUCGCAGGCAUUAUCUCGGGUAUAACAAAUACAACCUUGCACGAGCAGCUGCGACAGUUGCUGAAGAAUACCGGAAUUCAUUUGCUGACGAUGGAAAAUGCGAUCAAUCAUUGUCUGGAGAGGUACAAGCAGGAAAUGGUUGACGUGGAAUACAUCGAUCUGAACAUCAUCUCAGCGACGACGAGAGAUAUUAAGAGAUUGGAAGCUAAGAACAAGACGGAAGACCCGAGGGAGCGUCAUCCGAAGAAGAUCGAACGAUCAGCAAAGUUAGCAACGUCCCAGAAGAGCGCAGCCGGGGAGAAACAAACGCAAACCCCUAGACAGAUACCUUGUGACGACAUGGACCCAAUUUUAAGUGACACUGCAUAUAUAGGCAAGUGGACUUACGAGUUUCUCACGUUGGGUCAACCGAUUUCGAACGAGUUAAAUACGAAGAUACUGAUGGAGUAUUUAAAAGGAAUCGGCAAUGUUGAGGGAUGGAUAUUAAUAAAUUAUCCUAAUACGUACGAACAAAUGGCGAUGUUGGAAAAAGCGUUGACAGGAGGCGAGAUACCUCCCGAUCCCGCCAACCUUACUGAUGUCAACAUCGAGGACAUCGAUCCUUCGUCACCCAGGAUCGUGUUCGCCGGUGAUGAGGCCGACAUAUUCGCGAUAUGCAGGCAUUCUAGAUUAUUGCCGAACCCAAUUUCCAAGGCAAAAGAUUAUAGUACUCCUUCAACGUUCAUGACAAUUUAUAUCAAGACAAUGCUGAAACCAAAGACGGUAGACAGUAAAGAACAAUUUUGUAUAUUUCUACCCGACAACGCCACCUCGAUGGACGAAUACUACGCUAAUCAAAAUAUCGUCUAUGGAUUUUUUUACAAUGUUCUCGAUCUUCCAACCUUGAAACAAUUGGCUGAACUUAUCGCGGAUCAUUUCCACCGAAAGAAAUCAUCUCUGGAAUUGUCCGACAAGACAUAUUACGAUAAGCAAAAAGCUUUGACUGACCCGAAGACGGCUAUUGUUAAGCGUAUAAUACCGAGGUCUAAAUGGAAACGCUUGGAAUACGAAGACAAGAAAGAUAUCGAAGCUGAAAGCCGCGAAUUACAAUUGAAAGCUCAAACGCAGCUAGCAAAUGAUUUUGUUAAACCUGGAGAAGGCGGCUGGCAAUGGUUAGAUCUCUUCCAGCCUCCAGCUUUGCUCGAAAUUUUGGCUACCCUUUGGGAGAGCGUUGAACAAGCCUACAUUGAGAAUUUGAAAGAGAUUUUUUCCUUGAAGAGAAUGCAUACAUCGGCCAUUAUACCUUACAAGAACUUUGUUCGCGAUAAUUUGAUGAGAUUCGUCGAUCGGCCUGACAGGCGGCAAAUCUUGUUGCAAGAUUUUCAUCGCGCCUUUAAUGAAAUCGAUGAAGAUCUCAGGGAAGACUUGGACAUGAAAUGCGAGCUGCAUUGCCGAGUCGACAGCUUUAGAACAGAACUAUGGGAUUUGUGUGACGCGCGAAAACACGAAGCUGAAGAAGAGAGGAAACGCACGCUGCGUAAUGGGUGGACUUUGAUGGAAGCUGUGGUCCUCGUCAACGUAUACAUCGGAAUCUUGCAGAUCGAAAUUGACAGAUUCGUCGACACUAUGCAGCUCCUUCAGGAUUAUUACACCUCCAUGUCGCAGAAGCCACUGCAAGAAUCGCGGUUCUCCAAAAUAAUUCUUGACAAUGUCGAAUUGGAGGACAUUCUUGAAACUUCAUUAGCUAAAGAACGAACGGCGUCAAAAACGAAGACUGAUUCGAUCGAAGCUUCCGCUCAAGUCAUAAAUAAGAGUCAGUUGAAGACUGAGAUCGAAACUUUGUUAAUCGACGUAUCGAAGAACUUCGAGCCUGGCCAGAGCAUCGUUUAUAACAUUAUCAAGGAUAACGUUCAACGAGUGCGAGGCACCGUAGAGUUCAUCUCAUCUGUGGUAUUGGAGAUGUUGAAGAAGGAGGAGAAAGCCCCGAGUCCGAAAACCGAAGUUAAAGGCAAAAGAAACGCUUCGCCGGAUCCGACGUUUGCCAAACUAGCGAAAAGAUAUCGUGAUCUAGUGGAGGAAUGGCGGUACGCCGUUUCGUUCGAGAUCGGACGUAUACAUCAGAGAUUGGACGUGCUAAAUGCGGCUGCUCGAUCAGACGUGACCUUUCUUCUGGAUACCAUGAGACAGACUUUCCAUCGCGUUCACAAUUAUAUUGUCCAAAGAUACAAACGCGAAAUCGAGAGCAUCAACGAAAUGACGGAAGUCUUCUGCUUUGCUAUCGAAGAAAGGAGACCUGUUCAGCAGGAACUAUUAUUAGACGGCGAUCAAUUUGUCAUAAGGUCAAACGUCUUAAUGUUUCCCGAAGGUGACGGACGAUUCGCUGCCCCGAUCAGAGAACCACCUUCGCCUCUACGAUUCCGAAUGGUCCAACUCGGUCGACUGAUAGAUAUUUUCCAACGGAUCGCCCCGCGCGGAAUCGUGAGCGAACGCGUCCUGGUCUACGUCCUCCAGGACCUGGUAUCCUGCGGCGAGGAAGAGUGUUACCCGCCCUUCGUGCCGUGCGCCUGGCGACAAUUGCGACCUCCCGAUAUCGAAAUACUGAUCAACCGACUGUUUGGCACCGCCGAGUAUAUUGAGUGGCGAGAAUUCGUUCUGUACGCAAUGGAUCUGCCUGUGCCGUCGCAUCAGGACAUUCUGAAAGCCCGUGCAACCUUCAGAAUGCAGGAUCUUAAAUCAAGAGAGAUAAUUACAUGCGAGCAGUUUUAUUCGACACCUUUGUGGUUUCUCGAAAUCUCCACCCUUUAUGAAAAUGUCCUGGACGAAAAACUUCAUCACGACAAUUCCGAUACGAUGAAAAACAUAAUAUUGCGCGAGAAAAAAGAAUUAGACGACCAUAUUUCAAGUUUGGGGAGCGACUUCAUAGAAAGGAGCGAGGAUGAUUCUGGCGCAACACUGAGGCUGAUGCUGGCAAAGAAACUUCUCUGCCGGAUGUAUCUGGUAAAUCGAGACUCGGUUCAUUACACUGCCAUGCUACUGGCCUUCUGCAAGGAUGAGAAUCCGAGCGAAGGUUUGGGAAAAGCAUUCACUCUUGCCAUGGGAGCUAGAGUUUGUACCGAUGUAGAAGAAGGUGAAAGGUGGAGGAAGCUCAGAAGAACGCCCUGUGGAGAGCGCGCAACCGAGGUGGCAGACGGAUUGGAAGAACGCCCGGCAGCGAGCGCGCAUCCGAAAGGUGGAGGCAAGAUUGGAGGAACGCCCUGUGGAGAGCGCGCAACCAAGGUGGCAGAGGGAUCAGAAGAACGCCCGGCAGCGAGCGCGCAUCCGAAAGGUGGAGGCAAGAUUGGAGGAACGCCCUGUGGAGAGCGCGCAUCCAAGGUGGUAGACGGAUCAGAAGAGCGCCCGGCAGCGAGCGCGCAUCCGAAAGGUGGAGGCACGAUUGGAGGAACGCCCUGUGGAGAGCGCGCAACCAAAGUGGCAGAUGGAUCGGAAGAACGCCCUGUGAAGAGCGCGCAACCAAAAGGUGGAGAUUAUGUAAUAAAAUGUCUACCUAAACAUUGCAACGUCAUAAUCGCACGUACUCGACACAUUGGUAUGAGCAAUGGAGAAGUUGCAACUGUUAGAACUGACGAUAAAGACAUAUUUUCUUCUUACAGUACAGCACGUACUUUUUUACCAGAAAUCCCGAACGUAGUAGGAGAAAUUAUCAAUCAUUUAAUAAAUAAAACGGCAGAGAUUAUCACCGCAUUUAAGAGAUCCCGUGAUAGUGACUUACAAUUAAACCAGAAACGUCAGAUAAUGAUCCAGCAGCUGAACGGACCGAACGAGGUAGAUCCGUCUAAGCUCUUAUCACCGGAAGUGAUAGCGGAACACGCAGUCGUAGAAGAUCCGUCGACGGUUAGUGACGAAUACGAAUACGAGCAAUCUCUUGUGUCAACCGAAGACGAAACGGCCGAGGAUCAUGAUAGGAUUCAACAGGACGAAAGGGUGAUCUUCUGGCUACCACGAAAUGUUUGUCUG